AUUUAGUGAACGCUGUUUUACGAUUUGACCAAAUAUAUUUUCAAAAGUGCGAAGCAUACGCACUCGUGUAUCGAUCCCGUCCGUCUAAAAGUCAGGUAGGCGAGAAAACGGUACGAUAUCUUCUCUCGCGUUAUCUCAUAUUUGUGUAAUACGUACAAUUCAUCGGGAUCGGUUUGCGCACAAGUGGAAAGAAAUGUUGGUUAUGUUCGUUGUUGGCCGAAAACAAAUAAAUGAGUAAUGUAGCGUUGCGAGAUACGCUUACGCUAGAACGCGCGGAUAAAUUUAUUCACGCACGACUGGUAGAAAAAACUUGCAUAAAUGUGUGACUGCAAGUAUAGCAACGUCCCCUGCAAGGAACGUCAAAACAAUGUCGGAGGAUUUUAAGAUGGGCCUAUUCGGCUCUAAAGACAGGAAUCAAGAACAAAAAGAAAAAUCUUCCAAGGACAAUUCUCCAGCUCAAUAUGCUCCAUAUGGUGUUGAUAGCGAUACUGAAACAUAUGACACUGAAGCUCUGAGUAUGAUGGAUAUCAAUGAUAUUAUUGGUGUGCAGUCCGGCGAACAAGUUGGCGAUUCGACUUUAGAAAGUGAAAUCGCCGCACUUUCACAGAUCAUUACAGAUUCAAAAAUAGAAUCAAUCUCGCAGUCAAAUCCAAAACCAGAAACAGAACAGAGUUUAUCCAAGGCAUUAAAUCCUACUUCUGAUACCAUUUGUGUUACAAAUACUAAUGAUAUUGAAGUUUCCAGUGCUGAAUCCAGUAUUGUGUCUGAAAAAUGUACAGGGGAAAAUAUUUCAAGUACAGAAAUGGAUCCUGUAGUUAAAUAUGAUGAAACUUGCGAUGUAAAUACUGAUAAAAUAGUUGAUGACACAUCCACAGUUUGUGCAUCAAAAUUGUCUUCCAAUGACAAGUCACAAAUUGAAAUCAAUUCGUUGACUACUAUUCUAGAUGAUACUUCUCAGGAAAAUGUCCAAAAUAAGCAAGAAACAAAUACUGUUUCUUCUAUGGAGAUUGAAAAAGAUAUUGUUGAGAAAAUAGAGGCUCAGUCUAGCACUGAAACAGUAGAGAGUGAAAAAGAAUCUAAAAACAGUGCAAAGUCUAUGGUAACAGUUGGUGGUAUCAGCAAGAGUUUACAAUUAAUAGGAGAAGCAUACAACUCUGAAGAUUCUGAAGAAACUGACAUGAAUGAUGGCGAUUCUUUGAAAGAAACUCCUAUUUCUGCAGUACAUCACGAGAAAGAUAAUUCUGAAGAAACUGAUGAAUUGGAACAAGCUGCAAAAAUAUUAUUACAGUUAGAUGAUAUUGCAAGUGGGCAGACUAUUUCAGAGGAAUCAAGUGUUAAAGUGGAAAAUGUCAUUGAUAACCAAUUAGAUUUGAACAAAAAAGUUGAGUCAGAGGAUUCUAGUCAACAUAAAACAUUACAACAGACUUUAGAAAAACAAGAGAAUAUAGAUGAUUGCGUGCUAAAAGAAAACAUUGAUAAUGAAAUAUCAAGUAGUACAUAUGAACAAAGUGAAAAUAACACAGAUAAAGCGGAGACAACCGAAGAAACGUCAUUAGUGUGUCAAUCUUCCAUCGAGACUUGUAAAGAAACUACAGAUACAUUAGUGGAUACAAUUGAAAAUAUAGAAGAAAGUCGGAAAGACGAAGUUCAAAAUAUUGAAUUAGACUCGAGAGUAUUAUCAACACAUGUUCCCGAAACAGAGAAAGAAAGUAGUUCUGCAACUUCUAAUGAAUUACUAGAUAAUUGUUCCCUUGAUAAUGAGAAGGAACUUGUACAAAAUGUACCCGAAAGCAAAGAUACGGAUGCUUCUGUAGAAUCUGCAAAUGAAACUAAGGAUUCUAUGUUAAUUGAGACAUCUGAUAAGAAAUCAAAUAUGGCAGAAGUGACAAGUAAAAAUAAUGAUUCUCAGGAAGCAAAUAUGACUAUUGAAAGCUGUCAAACAACGCAGGAGAUUGUUUCAAUAGUAGAUAAAAUUAAUGAUUCUCAAGAAACAGCUGUUACAACUUCUGAUAAUCAAGAUGACAUGAGUGUAGAAGAGACGUCUGAUUUAAAGAAUGUAAGUAUAGUUCAGACUACACCAGACACAAGUAAUGAGGAAUGUUUAGAUAAAGAUACAUCCGUACAUGAACACACAGAUGAAGAGAGGAAUAUAAAGAACGAUAUAACGUCUAUAAGCAGUCAUUUAUUAAGUGAGGAAAGUUCAGAUUUAUGCUCCACAGAUUUGAUAACACAGACUGAUACGAAUUCAACGUCUAUAGAUGUUAAUAAUUUGGUGGAGACAGCUAUUCACGCGGAAGACAUCUUUACAGAAGCACUUGAAUCAUUAAUUCCAAUCGAACAUGAUGAAUCCAUCAAACAGCUUCCAACUGUAUCAGAAAAAUCUGCAAACGAGAUUAAUGAUAUUGCACCUAGUCAACUUGAGGAUUCUAUUCUAAUAUCAAAUGAGGAUUCAAAUAAGACAAUCGAAAAUAUAAACGAACCAUUACUUGAGACUGAGAAAACAGAAGACGCAGAGUUAAAGAUAUCAGAAGCAGCAUCAUCUCUUAAAGAAGAUGAAAAUAAAACGUUAUUAAUACAAAAUAAACCACAGCAAGAACUUGAUCGAUCUGAAUCAUGUGUACAAAAUGAAGAAAUUAAUUUGUGUGCUAUGAAAGACGAUGAUGCGGCAAGCUCCUUGCACAAUAUAGCAGAGAAGGAAGAAGUCGAGGAAAAUAUCGCUGAGAUAUCAUCAAACAAAACAGAAAUUAAAGAAAUCGAGAAAGCAUCAAGCUUAAAAGAAGAGGAAGUCGCAGAAAUUGAAAAAAAUAUUGCGGAAGACGAUAAAACUCAAGAGAUAGUUCCAGAACCGAAAGUUCAACAAUCUGAUAUCCAAGCCACUAAUGUACAAGAUACACAACAUGAUGAAAACGUGAAACCGUGCGAUGAGACUGCAGGAACUAAAACGGAAUCGGAAGAUUCAAUCGAUGUUAGUGUAACGCCGAUAGUGGAGGAGAAAAAUGUAAAAACCAUUAUAGAAGAAUCCGCUGACGUCAAUUUAAAAGACGUACAAUCGAGUAUCAUUAGCACAAUUGACACCUCUUUAUUGCACGAAAAUUCAAACGAAAGAGCAGAUACUGAACAGUCGACGAAGAAACUGUCGGAUGAUUCAGAAAGCAUAGACACCGCUGAACAAACUAUAGAUGCGCUCGAGGGACUGCUAACUCUUAUACCAGAUAGCGAAAAUUCUUCGUUAAAGGACAUGAAAGUGGAAGACAAGGCACCGAUGGAAGAAACUGCGAGCAAAGAUGUCGAUAUGGAUCUUUUGUUGGAUCAAGCGAAUCAAGGCGAAGCAACCAUCGCGCAAAACACUGAUUAUAUAACAAGCGUGAUUACCAGUUGUUUGACAAACAGAGAUAAAGAAACGAGCAAAACUGACAUCAACGCGCCAACUGACGAUAAAACUACCGAAGAUAGCGAGGCAUUAACAAUGAACAAAAACAUAAGUGCGGAACCGUUGAAUGAAACGACUGUGGACGACGAAAGAAUAGAAGAGGCUCUUGGGACGGACGGUGAUUUGCAACAGAAUGAUUUGGAUGUGGAUUUCGAGGAUAAUCGAUUGGAACCGAUUGGAGAAUUGGAGGAAAAUGAGGCGAAGUUAGAAUUGCCGCAGGACAUUUUAUUGGAGAGUGUGAUGGCGAGAGAGAACGUGUCCCGAUGCACCUCGAGCGUUAUCGAAAAUUCGCAGUCGAGUUCGGAAAUAUCCGAGUUGGAAUCCGCGGUGAAGUUUCUGCAGGAAUCCGAGGAACAAACGAUAGACUCGCCGCUGGUACUCUCGCCGAAAAUGGUGGAAAGCGUCGUCGAGGAUAUAACCAAACAGGCGAACGAGGAGCUUUACGUGCCUGUUGACGACGAAGUUGAGUCUGAGUUGGCGAAUCUGCGAGACGCCGCAGCGGCGGAUUCCAUUUCCAUUUCGGAAGCCGAGAUCAUAUCAGAGGCUGCGAAGCUCGAGAAGGAACGAGAAAUAGCGGUGCAGAUGCAGAACGUAUCUAGUGCUGAUGUGAAAGACGUCGAAAUAAGCAAAGAGAUCAAACCGAGUGAAGAAAUAGAAGAUCGCACGUUUUCGAAGACUUCGUCUGACACCGCGACUGUCGUGGGUAGUUCCCUGAAUGUGCAAGUAACGGACCGGAUGCACGUCGAAAAGGAAGCUGCGUUCGAAAUUAGACCGUUGUCGAGCGAAGGUAUUUUGAAGGCGUGCGAGCGAAUCCCGAGAACGUCGAUAUUGGAGGAGCGACUGAAGGAACCACCGAAGAUUGAGAUACCCGUUCCGGAUUCAGCUAAAAUGUUAGAAUCCUCCAUCAGCCCGAAUGACAGUCUUCUCAUGCCGAAGGACGCGAGAGCUGUCGCGUACUCAAGGAUGUUGGAAUCGCCAAAGUCGGCCGAGAAGACUGAAUCGAAGGGCCCCGAUACGCCGCGCAGAGACGAGAAGCACUCGGACUUUGAGAACGUCGGCUCGCCGAGAAUAAUCCUGAAGAUCGCCAAGUCCGCUAUUGCAGAUUGCAGCGAGCCGCGCUCGCCGAAGAGCCCGAAGAUCCGAUCGGCUACGAACUCGCCGAAUCCCGAGGAUAGUCCGGGUCAGAAAUUGGGAAAGAUUAAGCUAAAACUGUCAAAGGGCGGUCAUCCAUCUAUAAUAUCCAACGAGUAUGCGGAGGAGAUCAAUCAGUGGCACACCUCCGAUAACGCGCCGUCAUUGUCUCCCAUCGGCAUGAAAAUCAAGCUGUCCAAGUCUGGCGACGCUUCUAUCGUGAGUGCGGAAAAGCACGAAAACAUAGACGAUUCAAAGGAGGCGAAGUACAAAAUUGAAGAACCGAAGAGAACGGAUUCGCCGAUCGGUAUGAAGAUUAAGUUAUCCAAGUCUGGAGACGCUUCGAUCAUCUCAGAUUCCAAGCAGCAGGAUUCCAGCAAGGAAGCUUUUACGAAGCACAAGGAGAAAUUGGAGAUUUCGCAAGGAAGUCCUAAGAGAACCGAAUCGCCGAUCGGAAUGAAGUUCAAGCUCUCCAAGACUGGUGACGCCUCUAUCAUACAAACUGAUAAGCCGGAAUCUUCAGAGGAGCACAAGGAGGCACCGAAACGAACCGAUUCUCCGAUCGGUAUGAAAAUUAAACUGUCGAAAACCGGCGAUGCUUCGAUCGUGUCUCCGGAUAUUCCCGAGGACACGAAGGAGUCGUCGAAGGCAAAGGAGAAGCAGGAUUACCCGGAGCCGCCGAAGAGGACCGAGUCUCCGAUCGGGAUGAAAAUAAAGCUGUCCAAGUGCAAAGGUGGCGCAUCUAUUGUUCCGGUGGAUAACACGGAGGAUACAAGAGACAAACUGGAAGUACCUGAGCCGCCUAAGCGCACCGAAUCGCCGCUCGGUAUGAAGUUCAAGUUGUCUAAAUCGGGUGACGCGUCUAUUAUACACUCCGAAGUGACGGACGACGUGAAGGAUACGAGAUGCAAAGAAAAAUCCGAGAUGACGCAAGAUACGAUGAAAACAUCGGAGUCUUCCGGCAUCAAGAUUAAGAUGAUAAAGACGGGUGAGACGACGUCGUCGACAUUGAUGGACAUGAUUGAGGAACAAGACACGCUUCAAGCCUCAGAAUCUACAGCCGCCAUUCCGAAGAUCAAAGUAUCGAAAUCUGGAGAUGCGUCCGAUAAAACGGAGUCAGCGGAAGAUUCGAAGCCACGGGAGGGUCAGGCGGAAGCGAAGAGAACGGAAUCUCCGCUCGGCAUGAAGAUCAAGUUGUCUAAAAGCGGUGAUGCUUCUAUCGUGCAGAGCGAAGCCACCGCGGAAGACCAUCAAAGCAAAGCUACGCGUAUGUCCGAUGCGGAACACUCCAAAGGCGGCGACUCGUCCAUCGGAAUGAAGAUUAAACUGUUCAAAACGGGCGAUGCUUCGGUGAUGGACACACCUUCCAGUUCUUCCGAGAAGAAGGACAAGCAGCAGAGGCGUAGGGAGGCCACAGAUUCGCCGCUGGAGAUGAAGAUCAAACUAUCCAAGACCGGUCAUCCCACCAUCGUAACCUGCGAUACUCACGGCGAAUCCUCCGCGCACAAAGGCAAAGAUGUAGCGGUUCUGGAUUCCAUAUUGAGCUUCCCUCACAGAUACAUGGAGCAGACAACAGUGCCCAAAGAGCCUGGAUUGAAGAUGCUGAAAUCCGGGCAUCAUUCAUCCAUUUUGCAGAGCAAUCGGGCCGAGCUGACGAUUGAACCGGUGCAGAGCAGGAAACAAUCAGCGGAGAACACCCAGCAGCAAAUCGAUAUAUCGCCAAAGCGCAAGGACGUAACGAUCUCGCCGAUUGAGAGCAAGAAAUCCAAGCUGGAAGCGCAGCUUUCGCAGAUUUUACCAGAGGUUACUAUCCAACCGGUGGUGUGUCGGGAUCAGAAGCAGCAACAACAACAGCAAUUGUUGUUCGACCCGAACACGAAUCUGAUCAGUCGACAGCAGAUGAAUGUGAUCAACCAGGAGAUCAGUAUCACGCAGGUGCGACCGUCAGACGUGGGCGAGAAGCUGAAGGAUCUUUUGAGCAAGAACACUAUCAAUUCGCCGGGUGGAUCGUCGGAUUGCGAGAUUAUCGAGCAUCGCCCGGAGCUGAUAAUCGUCAAUGAAAACUCGAAUUCUAGCCAGGACGUUGUCAUCAUAGAGGAAGUGACGCCUAAGAGAAGUAUUGCUGAUAUUAAAGUGCCGAAGAAGAGAGGCAGACCGCGAAGAAAUCCAAUGGUGGUGCAACAGCAGCUCGUUCAACAAUCAACCGCGCAAAUGUUGAUACCCAGAGAUCCUUUAGCCUUGGAUGAGGUGCAGCAAGUUCCUCCGCAACAACUCGAACACAGAGAGAACGAGAGGCCUAAAAGAACCUGCAGAAGCCAGAAGAGUUACGCCCCACCCAAAAGAGGCAGAGGACGAGGUCGUGGUAAACGGAAAAUGGAUAACGUGGAACCUUUGGUUGCGAAAAAGCCUCGUAUAGAUCAAGACUUGUCUGCUAUAGAAGCAUCGACGAUGGCUGUCAUUACCAUCGACGAAACGACACCGAUACAGCAAGAUUCGCUGCGGAAAUCAUCGGAAUUGUACAAGGCGCUUAAACAGCCGCCCAUGGAUUGUAAAAUAGAGAAACACAUAUUGAGUCGCAAAGAAGCAGGGAAGAAAGACUUGAAAGUCUCUAAGUCCGAGAUAAUGAUGCAACUGGAAUCUGCCAGAUCGUCGUGCGUCCAAGAAGACCUAUCGAAAGCGUCCACGAGUCAAAUAUCCGCAGAUUCAAAAGCUGACCAGCAUAAAAAGCCGGCCAUAGAAAUUGUCUCUGAAAAGAUGCAGAAAGCGGCGGGAAAGCAACACGCGGAGAAUAAAGGCAUGAAUAAAGUGUCGGAUGGGUCGAGAAUAUCCGAAAUUAAAGAGAUACCUGUACCGCCCGGACAUUCGAAUUGGUUAACGCCGACAUCUAAGAAGCAAGCGGACACCACGGCUAUCAGAGGCGAAACGGUGUCGACGGUGCAAGUAAUCGAUGAGGAGACGAGAAUGAGCGCCGAGUCCGGCUCGAGAUCUCAGACACCGGCUAGAAAUAUAUCAGCACCGGCUUCGGAGACAAUAAUAAAUGAAGAAUCGCAAGGUAGUGUCCUGAGUACUGCUACGACCGAAUCAGAAAAAGUCAAAGUAAAAAACCGGAGGAUGGAGAUUAAUUUUGAUCCCGAUGAAGCGUUCACUGUUGAUAAAAUAGCAGAAUACGAGUGGCCACUUGACCGAAAGGGCGAAACUUUCAUGAUACAGGAACAGAUAUCGCAGUAUCUUGGCGUAAAGUCUUUCAAGCGUAAAUAUCCAGAUCUCAAACGUAGGGUUGUUGAUAUGGAAGAGAGAAAUUAUUUAAGGGAAAAUGGAUUGGUUAGCGAAGCAAUGUGUGAUAUGGGUUUAACAGCGGUGUGCAGUUCAGAAGUACUGGAUGUAAUGUGCAGUGACUUCCCCGAUCAGUACGAAGAGUAUCGCAAGCACAUGCGCGAGAAGCAAGUCAAGGAACAUUCCAAAAAGCAGAAGGAAUUAUCGGCCGCGGCGAACGCGGAGAGGAAUAGAAUAGAUCUUGCGGAAAUGGCGGUGCAGUCGGCAAUGUCGUGGAAUAUUAGUCUAAAUAAAGCUCGCAAGGAGAACCGCAAGUGCUGCUUAGAUUUGCAGACUUUCACGAUUCACGUGCCAAAAAAGCAACAGAAGGUCGAUCCGGAGCACAAAGUGGGACAUUAUCCGGUUGCAUUGAUACCGGGGCAAUAUACCGAUUAUUAUAGGGAAUAUACACCAGCGGAAUUACGAUAUUAUCCUUUAAAUACAGUUUUGUACGGACCCACGCGGCCUAAUGAGCGUAAAUUCGAUAGUCAAUCGGAAGGUUCUCAAAGCGAUAGCGAUAGCGAAUCUUCUUCCGAUGACUCAAGUUCAUCUUCCAGCGAAGGCACGCAAGAUACGGAAGGAUCUCAGUCAACUAUGGACGACGUAGACAUGGAUAUCUCAAACUCGAAAGAUGAUGUAAAAUUGAAGUGCAAGAUGUGCCUGAAAAUUUUAAAUAAACAUAACAAGAGUGAAAUUUUAAUUCAAUGUGGUACUUGCAAUGGAAAUGUUCAUCCAUCCUGUAUAGAUUUAACAUUGGAUAUGGUACCGCACAUUCAGUCAUAUGCAUGGCAAUGUACUGAUUGUAAAACGUGCGCGCAAUGUCACGAUCCGGCGGAUGAAGACAAAAUGCUCUUUUGUGACAUGUGCGAUCGUGGGUACCAUAUCUAUUGUGUUGGUUUGCGGCGAGUACCACAAGGAAGAUGGCAUUGUCAGGAAUGCGCUGUGUGCGCAAAUUGCGGUUCUAGAGAACCCGGAGGAGCUAAUUCAGACAGAAACAGUGUGGCGCUAUGGCAACAUGAAUAUAAAAAAGGCGAGAAAAACACUCGAGUUUAUGUGUCCACACUCUGUGUACCAUGUUCGAAGCUCUGGCGAAAGGGUCGCUAUUGCCCGCACUGCAGUCGCUGUCAUACGUCCCAAAGGCUCGACCUGGAAGCGAAUCUAGUGCAUUGCAGCGCAUGUGACAAAUAUCUGCACUUAGAAUGCGUGGAGACCAAGGGACUAGCGGUUGACAAGAAAAAUUACCUGUGUGAUUUUUGUACACCGUCGACUCGUCACCAAAUGACAAAGCCGUUAGUUUCGAAAGUGCUCAAAACAUGAACGUAAUCAUAGCAUCGAGCAGUGCUGUACGAACAGAAAGAUAUCGAGCUGUGUAGUAAACAUGCCAGUGCAGUGUAUUGUAUUAUAUUAUAAAGUAUAGCUAAUUUUUUUUAUUGAGUGUUCUGUUUUAUUGAGCAAGUAUACGCAAGAUUUUCUUCUCGAAUACUUGGUAACGAAUGAGUCACAUUGUACAUAGUUUUGGGAUAAGUAAUUUAACUUGUGACUUUGAAUUUUUACUAUGUGUACGUUUGCCGCAAAAGAAACGGUGAAUUGUCUGAUAAGGAAUAAAUUAAAUGCUCAAUUCUGAUUGUCUCGUCAGAAUUACAGAAUAUAACGCACAAAAUGUACGAGAAGCUGCGCACUUUGUCUUGAUCAUAGAUUCUUUUAUGAAUACGAAAUUGAUUUAAGUCCACAAGCUUGGUUAAAUAUCACUGUUUUUUAUAACUUUUGCAUUUAUACAAUAUUAACAUUUUGUUAAGUGAAUAUUUAUUUAACAUAAAGCAAAGUAAGAAAAAAUGAACGAAGUAUUGUCACAUGACAGUUGCAGUGUUGUACUUUUCAACCAACAACGGUUUUAUAAAAUAUUACUAUUUUUCGUCGACUGCCAUAUAUAUGUAAAAUAGAAGGGAAAAAAUAAAAAGUGAAACUGAAAGGAAUGGCAAUUUCUUAAAAAUAUAUAUCAUUCUCUUUAUUUUUCUUUUUGAGACAAUCCUCGGAUUAGUUUUGUUGUGAGAGUUAGAUGCGAAUAAAUAUCUCUUUUUUUUGUGUGUUUUCUUUUUACAUACUUAUCCAUAACGCAGUUAUCCACAUUUUGAACAGUGCGCUCUUUCUCUCUCUUCGCUGUCGGAUCAAUUACAGUAUAAUUUAUAUAAGAUCAUGUGUUAGAUUACAUUGCAUUUAUGUACACAUAUAGAAUAACGAUAGUAAUUGCGACCGUUUAAAAAAUGAGCAAGUUGCAAAAUAUAAACUUUGGCAUGUCGUUGCAUCAACCUUGUAUAAUAUUACGUUAGCGUAGUCUUAUUAUAUAUAAUUCGUAUUAUAAUGCAAUCUGUACAAGAUACUUCUAAAGCAAGUGACGUAUGCGCAGAAAAUGCGAAAUUGCCGCGCAUCUUUUUAAAAGUGAGUGUAUAGUUCUUACAAAUUUUGGGUUUCUUUUUCGGUCUCUCUGAACUGCGAGAGAGAGAGAUGUCGUUUCCAAUGAUAGGAAACAACGAUCGAUAAACGCAAUUAUAUAUAGCGAUACAGGCAGCAUUAUUGAGAGCAACGACCAUGAUCAUGAAGAAGAACAUGUACGCUCCACGUGUGCUCAGCGUUGCAAUUGUAUCACAAUUAAACAUCAUCGUAUCGAAUCAUACCGAAAACACA